AUGGCUACACAUCCUUUGGAUGAGCAAUUCAUCAUUUAUAUGAAAGGUAUGCAAAAUAUAGCUAGAUAUAAAACAAGAAUCAGAACUUCUAUCAAAACACGAAAAAAUCAGGGUUGAUUUAUGGGUAUUUUUUAGUCAGUGUAAAAAACUAUCUCAAGCCACCUCAAACCCAAUUUGGAAAAAAAAUAGAAAUAACUAUGCAAAAGUUUUGAUAUAUAUGAUAAGAAAAGGACGCUUUGAAGAGCCUUUUCAUAAAAUGCCACCAGAUGGACCAUUACCAAAACUCCCAAACUUGUACAUAGCAGACAUAAGUAAUUUGAAUUUCAAGAAAAAGCCUAAAGCUGACUACAACUCUCCAUCGUUUGAAAUGGAAAGAGACAGCGCAAAUUCUACACCUGAGCCUUUCUCUAUAUUAAACCAAAAUAUAUCUUCUUCUGAAUCUGGCCAAAUUCAAACAUUAAAGCUUGAGUUAGCAAAAUCAAAGCAACGAGAGCAACAGCUUACUCUCUAGCUCCAUUAAGUAAAAAACAUUGAAAAUAUCAAUUUUUAUGAUAAUUAGAAAAAAUUUAUGAUAGUAAUUUUUUUUUUCAAAUGAUUGUUAAAUAUAACUAAUAGUGUUAUAACGAUUAUAUUACUUGCAAUUCUUAAAAUUAAAAUUUAUGAAUUGAUCUGGAUUUUUCUUAUAAAUUUUUUGCAAAUCGAAAAAUAGUUGUUUUAAUGCAAAAAUAACCCUCCUUUAAGAGUAAAAAAAUAUUUUGCUGCUAUCUUAAAGGGUUGAGAGUUAGAGAUGAACUACUUGUAAUUAUUAUUCAGGCUUCCGCAAAAAUUAUAAAUGAGCAAGAUGAAUUAUUAAAUCGGCUGAAAAAAGAAAUUUCUGAUCUAAAAAAUCAAAAAAACGAAGAUUUUCAGAGUCCGAAAAAUUUCUUUACUCAUCCCUUUAAAUUGGAACAAAAAAUCCAAUUCCAAUUUAAAUGGGGAAUUUUUUUUUAAACAAAACUUAUAUUGAACUAUUCUAUAUAAAAAUAUAAAUUGAGCACAAUAUAUUGGAUUUUAAUAUAUUUUUAUGAGUAAUUAAUUCAAAAAAUUAAUCGAUAUAAUGUGAAAACUGCUUGAAUUUUAUUCUGCUUACGCUUUUCCAUUAGGUCGAAAUAAUUCUAUAAAAUUUAUAUUUUCAUCUAUAAAACUUUUCUAUUGACAAAAAAAUGUUUUCCCUAUUUAAAGGUCUAUGUACCCAAAAAAUGAAUCCUUUGUUCCAUUUUAAAGGGAAGAGUUAGUUUUUUAGAAGAUUUUCAAAAAGAAACUAAUCGACUUUCAGCGGAAACUGAAGCAAUGUUUAGGGAUAAUAUUAAAUUAGAAACUCCCAGUAAAAAUAUUUUUGGAAACGAAUCUCCAUCAUUAGAUGAAAUUGAAAACUCAUAUCGAGAAGACGACUUUUUGGAAGGAACUUUUUCUCCACCCGGAUUCUAUAAUCCAUUUACUAAAUAA